AUGGGGCCGGAGGAGGGCACGUCCAGAGUGUUGGCGGGGGAGUUUUUGUACUUUAACAACUACUACUCCAUCAGGGUCCAGGUAGCCACGCACCGCGGAGCAUCGGCCGACAUCCCUGUCCAUAUCAGCACCACUAAGUACCCGCUCUUUCCCGGCAACGGUUGGGCCUUUAGGCGCGGCGCACCCUUCAUCGCACGCUUCAACCUGGCCAUACAGCGGCUCCUGGACGCGGGCCUCAUCAACUACUGGAUGGACGACGUCAUCAACACCUACGUCACCAACAAGCGGCUGCAGGACAGUGGCUCUAAGCGUGACGGGAACCUUCAGGCGCCCACUACGGGGGAUGUACGCGGCCAGGUGGUGCUGGGGCUGCGUCACCUGCAAGUCACCUUCUACAUCCUGUUCGUGGGCCACGCUGCCGGAACACUUUCCUUCCUCGCUGAGACCUCCCUGACCUGA